AGUUUGUUCGCGAAUUCAGACCCUUGCAGUCGUUCUCUCUCCCUCUCGCGCGUGCUCACGCUCUCUCCCGCGCAGCAGCAACAAAAAACCAAAAUCCCUUGAAAGAACAACCUAGACAAAAAAAAUUCAAAAUAAUAUUAUAGUACUUGUGUGUCUUUUGUGAGCAACAGCAGAGAUCGGAGUAAGUUUUAAUUUUUGUCUCAGAAUCUGGAGAGCAGAUAGCCCAAAGAAGCCGCAGAAUCCCUUGUAAUGGCUCUACUUCGUUCGCUGAGCUCCCAACGAACAGCCCUUAGUUUGGUCUACGGCCGUAAUAGCAGCAAGUCGAGCAACUCGGUGGUCGUUGCCGCCUGCCGGAGUUACCAUCACCGCGGCAAUAGGAGCUCUUCAACCUGCGGGGAAGCAGCAUCGGAGUCCACAAGCGGGGUCAAUGGGGCGCGCUACCUGCACUCCGGAAACCGGCCGUUGCAGGCCUCGACUCUGGUCCAACCGGACCUGGUGGCUGGCGAGGCGGUGAAGCGGACCGCGAAGCAGAGCUCGUCCCAGGAGCAGAACCCCUCGCCCGCUGGGUCGCCGCAGAGGGAUCCCCUGGACGUAACCUUCAACGAUCCGAUUGCCGCCUUUAAGAGCAAGACAACCGGCGAGCUGAUGCGCGCCUAUUUGGUCUACAUGAUCUGUUCCAGCGAGAAACUGGUUGAGCACAACAUGACGCUGCUGAAACUAGCACGCAACCUGCUCGGCCAGAAGCUAUUCGUCCUGCUGAUGAAGUCCAGCUUUUACGGACACUUUGUGGCAGGCGAGAAUCGGCACACGAUCGUGCCCGCCCUAGAGAGACUAAGAUCGUUCGGUGUUAAGCCGAUUCUCGACUAUUCAGUUGAGGAGGAUAUCAGCCAGGAGGAGGCCGAGAAACGAGAAGUUGAGUCUUCCGUUUCCAGUGCAGGCGACAAAAAAGAGGAGGGCAGCAUGCCGCAGUAUCAUGUGGACAAGUCCUUCGCUGACCGCCGCUACAAAGUGAGCAGUGCUCGAACCUACUUCUACCUAAACGAGGCCACCUGCGAGCGGAACAUGGAGAUCUUCAUUAAGUGUCUGGAGGCCGUUUCGGAUGAUGAUCGAAAGGCGCCCCGGGCAGUGGCCACGGGCGCCACCUUCGGAACCGGCAUCACCGCCAUUAAACUCACAGCCUUGGGCCGUCCACAAUUGCUGCUACAACUGUCCGAGGUUAUUAUGCGCACACGCAAGUACAUGGAGGACAUGGUGGGCGGACAGGGCAAUGUGCUGACCCACCAUAAGACCAUCAAGGAUCUCGAGAAGUAUUACGCCACGCUGGGCGACAAUAAGGAUGUGAAGGAGUUCUUGAACAAUGUGACGUCCGAUAAGGAGGGAAUUUUGCAUCUGUUCCCGUGGUCGGGAAUCGUAGACGAGGACUCGCAGCUAAGCGACACGUUCCGUGUUCCCGAUCCCCAAACCGGCCAGAUGCGUCGACUGAUCUCACAAAUACCGCCCAAAGAGGAGGAGAUGUUCAGGAACAUGAUCCGUCGCCUCAACACGAUUGUAAAGGCUGCUGCCGAUCUGGAUGUGCGCAUCAUGGUAGAUGCGGAGCAGACCUACUUCCAGCCGGCCAUUUCACGCAUCACCCUGGAAAUGAUGCGCAAGUACAACAAAGACAAGGCCAUUGUCUUCAACACGUAUCAGUGUUACCUGCGCGAAACAUUCCGUGAGGUAAACACCGAUCUGGAGCAGGCCAAGCGUCAGAACUUCUACUUUGGUGCCAAGCUGGUGCGCGGUGCCUAUAUGGACCAGGAGCGGGACCGUGCCAAGUCUCUGGGAUAUCCGGAUCCGGUGAAUCCCACGUUCGAGGCAACCACGGACAUGUAUCACAAGACUUUAUCCGAGUGCUUGCGACGCAUUAAGCUGAUGAAGGACUGUGAUGACGAUGCCAGGAAGAUUGGCAUUAUGGUGGCCUCGCACAACGAAGACACCGUGCGCUUUGCCAUCCAGCAGAUGAAGGAAAUCGGCAUUUCGCCGGAGGAUAAGGUGAUCUGCUUCGGUCAGCUUCUGGGCAUGUGCGACUACAUCACCUUCCCACUGGGCCAGGCGGGCUACUCCGCGUACAAGUAUAUCCCGUAUGGUCCUGUGGAGGAGGUGCUGCCCUACUUGUCGCGCCGUGCCCAGGAGAACAAGGGUGUGCUUAAGAAGAUCAAGAAGGAGAAGCGACUGCUGCUCUCCGAAAUUCGGCGCCGUUUACUGCGUGGCCAGCUGUUCUAUAAGCCCAAGGGCAACUAUGUGCCCAUCUAAGCUGGACUGGAUGGAUGAAAUCACUUACUCACCCAAACACACACACCCCCGAGGUGGCAGACCUGUUGGCAUUUAUAUCCGGCUGAGAUAUAGCCAGGACUUCUAUCGCUUCGGGCAUAUUUUAAUGUUUUUUUUUUGUCGUUCUUACUACUCUUACGAAAUUUGCGUAUAUCUACAGUAUAUAUGAAGACUUGUGUGUACACCAAGGAGCGAGGAAGUUCUAACUUACUGUGACCUCUUGCAAAUACGCAGGAUAUUCUUCAUCCACAAAAAACUUCAAUUAGAGACGGUAGCACUGAGCAGUGGUCAUUUUUGAUGAAAAUAUGUAUAUUUUUACGUCUUGUUGCAACAAUAAUUUAAACGAGUUCUGUAUGUGUGUUACAAAGAAAACAAAAAAAUGUAAAAACCAAACUAAAAAACGAAAAAAAAAUGUGAGGAAAGGGAACGAAUGUGGAAGUUCCACAUGGAGGAUAUUAAAAAGGGGAUUGAAUUAAAGCGACAUUUUUUAGCAUCGUAAAAAAUAAAGCAUAAAACGAUAUGGUAUAUACAUAUUAUAUACAAUAUAAUGAGAGCAAAACGUUUAUAGAGAUAUGUACCGAUCUACAUAGACAUUUUUAUGUGUAUGGCUGCAUUUUAGUCUAGAUUCAUUAACUUUGUGUUUGUGCCUCUUCCUCAUUAUCAGUAUCAGUAGAUAUCCAUUCUUAAUUUGCGAUGUGAUUUCAUACUUUGGUUACCCUAAGUUACUACCAUAAACUAUAUAUUUAUAUAGAUCAAUAGCAAGGAAGAGUCCAGGGCAUUUGUUCCUCAAGUUUGUGGCCAUCCCAUCCGAAAUAGUCAAAUAAUACUGUCCAUAGGAACCAGGGAACCGCGCAUACCUAUACCUAAACCUAGCAAGUUUUAUUACGAUUAUGCUAAAUUAACUUAAAUGUAUACGUUUAAUUUAGCACUUAAAGAAGCGAUAUUAUAAAAGUCAUUACUACCGAUAGUCGAUGGAUGAGAAACCGCAACCGCAACCGGCUUCUAUCCCCCUGAUUUUUCCGUUUUCAUAUCCGUUUCCCAUUUCGAUUGCUCAGACAACUAUAUAGACAGACGACAGACUUGGCCAUAUACUAAGGCGCGCAGAUCGAACCGAAUAUUUUUUUAUUACUAUCCUCAUUAUUAUUAUUAUUGUAUUGCAUAAACGCUAUAAAUAAAUGAAUAAAUAAUUGUA